AGGGAAUCUAAAUUGGAUUGUUGUUCUAAAUUCCAAUGGACAUGGGGUCCACCUCACAUAGUUAGUUGACACACGGUAAACUUCUAAGCAAAUCCGAGAAACGAAAGUUGGUCACGGCGUCCGAUGGUCCAGCAUAGCACAACCAAAAACCUCGAAUCGAUUUUGAGAAUAUAUCAAUAUCAAAAUCAAAAUCCAGUAUAUCAUUUGCACCCGAUCCAAGUUAGUCUUUCUUGAACAGGCCAGUUGAGGACCCCAGAGAGCUAAGUCAAAACGCAACCUGAAAAAGAGAGAGUGAGAGAGAGAGAGAGAGAGAGAAAAUGAUCUCAGACGUAGCUGAAGACGAAGAGAAAUGGUUGGCCGCUGGGAUCGCCGGCCUCCAACAGAACGCUUUCUACAUGCAUCGCGCUCUGGACUCGAACAAUCUUCGAGAUGCCUUGAAAUACUCGGCACAGAUGCUCUCCGAGCUUCGGACUUCGAAGCUUUCCCCUCACAAAUACUACGAACUCUAUAUGCGUGCAUUCGAUGAAUUGAGGAAGUUGGAGAUGUUCUUCAAGGAAGAGGCUCGUCGUGGCUGCUCCAUUAUCGAUCUGUACGAGCUUGUUCAACACGCCGGUAACAUUUUGCCCAGAUUGUAUUUACUAUGUACAGUAGGAUCCGUAUACAUUAAAUCUAAGGAAGCUCCUGCUAAGGAUGUUCUUAAAGAUCUUGUCGAAAUGUGCCGCGGUAUUCAGCAUCCUCUACGUGGUCUCUUUCUAAGGAGUUACCUUUCUCAAGUCAGUAGGGAUAAAUUACCUGAUAUUGGUUCUGAGUAUGAAGGAGAUGCUGACACUGUUACAGAUGCUGUUGAGUUUGUACUCCAAAACUUCACAGAAAUGAACAAACUUUGGGUGCGGAUGCAACAUCAGGGACCUGCCCGAGAUAAGGAGAAACGGGAGAAAGAAAGGAGCGAGCUGCGUGAUCUUGUGGGGAAGAACCUGCAUGUCCUCAGUCAGAUCGAGGGUAUUGACCUUGAUAUGUACAAAGACGGUGUCCUUCCUAGAGUUCUGGAGCAGGUUGUCAAUUGUAAAGAUGAGCUUGCUCAAUUCUAUUUGAUGGAUUGCAUAAUUCAAGUCUUUCCUGAUGAGUAUCACUUGCAAACACUUGAUGUACUUUUGGGUGCUUGCCCUCUGCUUGAGCCAUCUGUUGACAUCAAGACAGUGCUAUCCCAGUUAAUGGAAAGGCUUUCCAAUUAUGCUGCUUCAAGUACAGAAGUGUUGCCUGAGUUCUUGCAAGUAGAAGCUUUUUCCAAAUUGAGCAAUGCCAUAGGGAAGGUGAUAGAAGCACAAGUUGACAUGCCUACUGUUGGAGUUGUAACUCUAUAUUCUUCUCUUCUUACGUUCACUCUUCAUGUCCACCCUGAUCGACUUGAUUAUGCGGAUCAAGUGUUGGGUUCAUGUGUCAAGAAGCUCUCUGGCAAAGGAAAGAUUACUGAUAGCAAAGCAACAAAACAGAUUGUUGCACUUUUAAGUGCUCCACUUGAGAAAUAUAAUGACAUUGUCACUGCCUUGAAGCUUUCAAAUUAUCCCCAUGUCAUGGAAUACCUGGACAACGAAACAAACAAAGUCAUGUCAACCGUUAUAAUUCAAAGCAUAAUGAAAAAUAAAACUUGUAUUUCUACUUCUGAUAAGGUUGAGGCAUUGUUUGAAUUAGUGAAGGGGCUUGUUAAGGAUUUAGAUGGGACUCUUCAUGACGAGAUUGAUGAGGAUGAUUUCAAGGAGGAGCAGAAUUCUGUUUCACGUCUUAUUCAGAUGCUUUACAAUGAAGAUCCUGUAGAAAUGUUCAAGGUCAUUUGUACUGUGAAGAAGCAUAUUUUGACUGGAGGACCAAAGCGUCUACCAUUUACUGUACCUCCUCUUGUUUUCUCUUGUCUUAAGUUGGUUAGGCAGUUACAAGGCCAAGAAGAAAAUCCUUUUGGAGAUGAGACAUCAACUACACCAAAGAAAAUUUUUCAACUUUUGAAUCAGACUAUUGAGGCUCUUUCAAUUGUUCCAGCACCUGAACUGUCGUUACAGUUAUAUCUGCAAUGUGCUGAGGCUGCAAAUGACUGUGAUUUAGAACCUGUUGCUUAUGAGUUUUUCACCCAAGCAUAUAUUCUGUAUGAAGAAGAAAUUUCAGAUUCCAAAGCACAGGUGACUGCAAUACAUUUAAUAAUAGGGACUCUUCAGAGGAUGCAUGUUUUCGGCGUUGAGAACAGGGAUACUUUAACACACAAGGCCACGGGGUAUUCUGCGAAGCUUUUAAAGAAACCUGAUCAGUGUAGAGCUGUUUACGCAUGCUCGCAUCUCUUCUGGGUUGAUGAUCAGGAGAAUAUGAAAGAUGGAGAGAGAGUUUUGCUUUGCCUAAAGCGUGCAUUAAGAAUUGCAAAUGCUGCUCAACAAAUGACCAAUGCAACACGAGGUAGCACUGGAUCAGUGACACUAUUUGUUGAGAUACUAAACAAGUACCUUUAUUUCUUUGAGAAAGGGAAUCCCCAGAUCACUAUUUCUACAAUCCAGGGCCUGAUUGAAUUAAUUACAACUGAAAUGCAAAGUGACUCCACCACACCAGAUCCAGCUGCAGAUGCUUUCUUUGCCAGCACACUACGGUACAUUCAGUUCCAGAAACAGAAAGGUGGUGCAGUGGGAGAGAAAUAUGAGCCCAUCAAGGUGUGACUAGCUGGAGGACUAGAUGCCAUGUCUAUCUUGUUGGAGCAGCAGACAAGUUUUAAUUGGUGCGUGGUUCAGAACUGCCAUUAACUUCCAUAUUUAACCAACAAAUCAGGUGUAUGUUACAUGCCUGAUGUUCAAGUUGCUUUGUGUUUCCUAGUCAGAUGCAAUGUUGAAUUUAGGUUAGCAUUCAUUUGUACUAGGCAUUCUGUAUGCUAAUUGUGCCACAUUGAGCACUUGGACCUUAUUAGUUCUAUUUAAAAAAUUUAUGUUGGUCAUGGAAUUCAUUCCCGAACACAAAUCCUGCAUAUCUUUUUGUUUUCCAUUUCUUUUUCUUUCUUUUUUUGUUGUUGUUUGGGGGUGGGGGGGAAGGAGAGCUUCUGUUGAUGUAAAAAAUAAACGCGACAUAUCUUUACAUUAAAUUUUGAGAUUUUCUACAAUUCUGUA